GCGCGGGGGAUGGCGGCGGGCGCGCGGCGGCGGCUCCUCCCGGCCUGGAUGGGGGCGGCGGGGGACGAGCGGGCGGCGGCGGCGCCCCCCAAGGCCGGGCGGCGGCAGGCGGCGGCAGGGCCCAGGGCUGCGGCGGCGGCGGCGGCGGUGGUGUACUGCAUGAACGAGGCGGAGCUGGUGGACGUGGCCCUGGCCGUCCUGGCCGAGAAUCUACAGUGCGAGGAAGAUGAGGAGAAGGCCCGUUCCGGCAGCGAAGAGGAGCAAGACCUCCAGCCAACACCAAAGGAGGCUCCUGGAAGCACAGCCAGCACGGGGGGAGGCAGCGACCGGAGUCUGGCUCUCCCAUCCCCUCCUGACGCGGGUGCUGGUGCCGACGCAGAGAGGACAGGCUGGGAGGAUUCCGAGGACGAUGUUCUGAAAUAUGUCAGGGAGAUCUUUUUCAGCUAACGUAGCCUACUCUGCGGCUCCCCAGGAGCGAAGGGGACAGUGGGGAGGGUGUCCCCUCCCGCAGCACUGAGGGUGGUGGGAGGAGGGCCUGGAGUGGGCUGUGUAUUUGUUGUGUUGGUGGCCUGUGGAGCUGGUAGGAGGCCCAUGAAGGCCGUAGGGGAAAAGGAAGUGGGCAGUCACUUCUCCCUGUGUGCUGGGUUCAGUGGGAUUUGGCUCCAGAUGAGGUUAUAUUCAUUUGUGUUUGGCAUCUCAGAACAUGGACAGAUUAAAGAGGACAUUCGGGUUUC